UUGGAAACACCAUACCUUGUCACGUUCAGACGUCAAAACUAUUUCAAUCUCAUAAUGAUUCUACAAUAAGCAAAUUUUCAGUACUCAAAGCGUCUCAUCCCGACCCCAUAAUUCAUACUUGAAAGUUGACAAUGCCACUAAUUCAACGGCACUUGAGCGAAUUGAAAAGUUUUAUCAGAUCGAACCCGAAAAGACCAAAUCCGACCGACUCGUUCGCAGUCCAGCCGCAUCGAUUUCAGCACAUGACCCAUCGAAAAUUGCCCAAAACCCCCGACUUAAUUUAUGUGCCUCAAAUCAUAAAAUGGCUCAAAAACAAGUUCAAGUUCAAGGUGCUGAAAAAUGCCUGGGAUCCAGAAUUUUCCGAAGGGGCUUUCAUUUAUGGCACCACCAGUUUCCAGGGCAGUUUGCAAAAUAACCGACAUCAUCAGUCGAGACAAACCGCAAGAGCUGGAAAACCUCUUGACUUUCUCGGCUAAGAUGAAGUUAAUCGACUACAUGUCCACGCGACUUAGUAAAGUGCAGAAGGAAAUCAUCAAACUCAAGCCGGAUGACAUCAAAAUUCUCGUUCCUUUGCACGUCGCAUUAUCCAAAAACGGUAACAAGAAGAACUGUCGGGUGGCCAUGAGAGUUCUGGGUUUAAAGUGGCACGAACAAUCCCAUGUUCUUAAAUUGGUCCUGGUGGCUCUUCAGACCGAAUUCUUGAGGGACUACAGCGGCGGACACAAACAUUCGGAAUGGACGGUAAGCGCCUUUGAUAUUCUCGAAUGUGGCAUGUUGACUCAAAUUCCUGGAUAAUGGCCGGCACGAUGCCCAUUGAAGAGGGAUCGACUUAUUACUUAGUUUGAAAUUACUUUGUAAGCCGCCUAUUUGCCUUUAGUAGGACAAAGAAAGGCAGAAGAAUGAUAUAUAAACAAUCGAAAAUAUAAUUUAGAAGAGAA